GCCAGAGCUCGGGACAUCCUCAGGGGCCAAGUCAUGGAUCCACCCGCACGUAAGGACAAAUCCAAAGUGAAAGAACCUGUCAGCAGGGUGGAGAAGGCUAAGCAGAAGUCAGCCCAGCAAGAGCUGAAACAAAGACAGAGAGCGGAGAUCUAUGCCCUCAACAGAGUCAUGACGGAACUGGAGCAGCAGCAGUUUGAUGAGUUUUGUAAACAGAUGCAGCCUCCUGGAGAGUGAGCCGGCCCUGUGUUCGACCCCCUGGGACUGCGGGCCCUGUUCGUGGGCUUGUUACCGGUGCUUAGCUCAUUUUGGAACCUUAUCUACUGAACUAGAUAAGGCAUUUGCCGAUAAACCUGAACUUACUUGCUAUAUGCAACUUCCGCUUCACAGUUCUUCCACUCUGAUUGGCCUGGCAUUUAUUGAAGAGACUUCUCUUCUACUGAGAUAAUAGGUUUCUUUUUUUUUUUUUUUUUUUUUUUACUUUUUCUAUUAUUUCAGAAAAAUCAGUGUUUGUGAAACCAUGAUUCUUCUUCAAAAAUGCAAAUAAAAUACUAAUAAAAUGCU